AUGAGGAACGCGAGAGAUAUAUCGAAGAUCCGAACGGGCGAAAGGGCCGGCAUGGAUUAUAUGUUUGACGUGCAGCAUUUUAUGGAUUCGCUAGGACUUUCAUGUCCACAGUUGGUCCUCUAUCGUUAUGUAGAUGAUGUUCCAAAUCGAGGACGUGGAAGUGGUCCCAUAGCACUAUUACCCGAAAGUUUGGUUUCGGAAAAGAUUCCAAAGACGGGGUUGGAACAUCCGGAGGAAUGGAGAGGACAGUUUUUUGAUUGGUUGGGGGGUUGGUCGGGGUUGAAACCUGCGACGAUGGAAACGCCGGUUCUGAUUGAUCUUGGGAGAUCAUACCUUCAAUAUCCGAUAUAUUCUGAUGGAGAGGAAAUGGCACUUUCCUUUGGUAGUAUCCUGAAGUUUCGGGAAGACGUAAGGACUCUUUCUACCACGGCCCUUCAAAACAUGUUAUCCACAUACAACAUAUCCCAGGAUAUCUCCCAGCCAAUCCUCCCCUCCACAUUUUUCGGAGCCCAUCUACGCACCGAAAUAGAUGCCGUAAAAGCCUGGCCAGCCGAUAACUGGACCUACCAACGCUACUCAGUCCAAUCACAACACUACCUACAAAAACUCGCCACCACAAACCUCACCCUAAUCUACGUAGCAUCAGGAAAUAAAAGCGAAAUCGCCCGAUUCUCACGCGAUGCAGCGGCAUACGAUCUCACGACCAAAUUCAUGUUACUCGAUGCCAAAGAUCGGGAAUACCUAAAUACAUUAGCUUGGGAUCAACAAGGCCUAGUGGAUUACCUUGUUAUGACGAAAAGCUCGAGUUUUGUGGGGAUAGGCCAUUCGAGCUUUGCGUGGAAUAUUGCGCUGAAGAGACAUACGUAUUCACAGAGGAAAGAAGGGUAUCUAGGUGGGCCGGAGAUAUUGAUGGAUGAGUUGAGUGAGGUGUUUGGAGUUCCGAAUAUGUAUCCGGAAUAUGCGGCUUGUUUGUGGCCUUGA